ACGAAAUUCUCAUAUCACCCCCCCAGGCCUUGAACCACCCUCAACCAGGCCAGAGAAUGGAGGUCGCAGGCUUGGUCAUCUCCGCCAUUGGAUUUGUCGAUUUGGCGAUCAAGAAUGGGACAACGCUGGCCAGAGUGCUCCGCGAUUCCAGUCAGGCGGCGAAUCAGGUUGUCAACGCAACCCAAAGGCUGGAAGCGCAGAAGUACACGCUUGAGUUGUGGCAGAGGACAUGGAACACAAAAGCUCGGCAGCGACGGAAAGACAACCUCGAGGACGGCUUUAAAGACCUCUGGGGCGAAGAAGGCUAUGAAAUGACGUUGAAGUGCCUCGCCCAGCUCAAUGUCAAGUUUGGGGAAGCCUUUCGAACACUACGAUCCAUCGACCCUGACAGCUUUGAAAGUGUUACUGCGAUAGGGAAAGGGCCAAGUCAGCAAUCACUACCGCUGAGUCCCAUGAAAGAGACUUCCUCAAACUCUGUCAGCCGUAGCCCUAGUGUGUCAGGCCGCAGUUCGUCGUCAUCAAAGCUACAAACGCAAAAGGAACCAGAGUCGAAUCCACGUUGGUACAAGCGAUUAUCCGUUUCUGACCGCAACGGGAUCUGGAAGAGGAAAAAAAGGCCAAGUGUUGCAUCGACAGCGGAAGGUCCGGCAGAUGAGACUGCAGCAAAAACCAUGCUCGCUCAAGAGGCACUACAGCAGAAGCUCAGCCCAGGGACGAAGUUCAAGUGGUCCAUCUCGCUCAAGGAACAGCUGAGAUCUCUCAUCAACGACAUCGAUGACUGGCUCGCCCUUCUAAAAACACUUUCUACGCAGUGCGAAAUCGACAGGACGACCAAUUCUGCAGCGAGUAACAACUCUGACAACCCAAGUAGCAUACGGGCGGCAGCAAGAGCUCUCUACACAGCGCUCCAUGUCCCUAAAGGCCACAACCUCGACUUAAAACUCGAAAAAGAACGAGCCGACUCCGGGUAUUUCGAGCGCGUGUUCGGUCCGGUGGACUACGUCGACCACACGGACCGCUCGUUCAAAUUCCCUCUGCUGGUGUCCAGCAGCAAGGACGGGGAACAGCCCUUCCUGCUCCUCGCGGAAGCCAUUUACUCGUCGGCGAUGACCACGCCAGUCCUCCCCCUGGAGAAGAUCAACACGCUCGAGGAAAUCGUGGCGGCCAUCAAGACGAAGCCGUUCAAGCGGAAUGAGCCACCCGCCUCGCUGCUCUUCAAGAGCCAGCACACCACGAUCGUCAUCCACGGGAUCCCCGGCGCAUUCUCGCCCACGGUCGCAAAGGCCUUCUCGCGCUGCUCCUUCGCCGAGCUUCUCAAAGCACAAGUCGGCGUGGACCCCCUCGUCGCGUGCUGGAAGCGGCUGCAGCUCGCAUGCAUUAUCGCCAUCUCCGUGCUGCACCUCUACGAAACCGGCUGGAUCUCAGAGCAGUUCGCGGCGAACGACUUCCACUUCUUCGGCGCGGCGAACAGCCAGUACGCCGAGCCCAACGGCAUCUCGCCCUACGUGUCGGCCCUCGCGCCGCAGACCGAUCUCACCGCCACACCAUUCGACUGCUUGAAGAAGAACCAGCUCCCGCAGUCUCUGCUCAGGGCGCGAGAUGUGCGGCUGGCGACGCUCUUCCACAGGCUCGGGAUUGUGCUCUUCGAGCUUGGGAGGGGCGCGCAGUACCGGGAGAUAUUCACGGAUGAGCUCCCGACCGAGGGCGAGGUGCUCGAUGAGAUUGAGAAGAUUCCGUUCGGGCGCCCGUACAGGGAUCUGGUCAAGGUCUGUCUGACUGGGAGUCUGUAUGCAACGAGUGUGGUGAAUAUUGACAGUCAUUUCAACCGUGUGGUCAUCGAGCAGUUGACACGACUGGAGCAGCACUUUAGUGCUAUACUGCAUGGCGAAACUUAAUGUAGUAGGCUACAUGUGCAUAAGUCUCCGUUAUUAGUGUAUGGCAGUCCUGUCGGGACAUGGCGGCAUAGUAGCAGCGGGAUUUCAUAACAACAGCAUCUUAAUACUUAAGUUCCUAUCUAUAAUAUAAUACUAGCAAGGAGACUGUAUAGUAUUAUUUUUAGUAUAUUACCAUAUAUUCUAGAAAUUAUAGGCUAUAUUUAUAGGGGCACGCUAGUAUAGGGUAGUGAGGCACUUUCAUAUAGUAUAGAUACCUAUUAUUAAAAAGGUUGUAUUUUGUCUUUACUAGUUACUUACCGGCAAUUUAAAGGGAAGGCGACUUCUUUAAUAACCUUGAAAGAGGCUCCGGAGGUACUUGAGGACGCGGUAGCCGUCCCCCUCGUCUGAGCAACAGGAGAUCUUGGAUGCCGAUGUGC